AUGCGAACGGUCGUCGUCGUCGUCGCCGCCGCGGCGUUUCUCCUGUGCUUGCUCGCCGCGUUCGUCUCGGUGGCGCACUUGGCGAAGACGGAGCGCGCGAGAGAACGACUCGGAAGAGAACGAGACGUCGACGGCGAGCGAGGAAGAGAGGCGGGCGAGGGAGGGAUGGCGCGCGCGGAGCGUCGAGCGCGCAGACGGGCGAACGCGCGGAGGGGUGAGGGGGAGGGCGGAGACGGAUUCGACGACGCGGUUAUGGAUGAGCGGGACGCGGCGGCGCCGCCGAUGACGAGAAAGGAGGCCAAGCUGGAGAUGUAUAGACAGCGAUGGGAGGCUCGAGAGAUGGAAGAGAUGGAGUACGCGGCGAGGUACGGACGGGCGGAAGAUGCGCGCGCGCCCGCGGAGGACGUCGAGCCGGAGGUGUCGGACGAGACGCUCGUCCGCGCGCUCGAGCGACGCAGGAUCUCUCGCUUCGACGAGCUCUCCGCGAGGUUCGGAUUCAAGAAACCUGACACGAUACGUAAGCGCGUUCGCGCGCUCGAGGCCUCGCGCGCGAUCUCGGGCGUCGUGGACGAGCACCGCGGGCGAUUCGUUCGCGUGUCGCCGAGCGAGAUGGAACGCGUGGCGUCGUACGUCCUCGAACGCGGUCGAGUCGACGUCGAGGAGUUGACGCGAACGACGAACGAGUUAUUGUGUUGA